UCCCUGUUGUGGGUGGAGGACCGCCUCGAGCCCCUCGCUCUCGCUCGCUGUCAACGCCACUGACGCUUAUGCUGCAGACUGGCGUUGUCUGAACGUUUAACGAGCCCCAAAACCAACCUGGUUCCCUGCAGUGUUCCUAGGUUUGUGCCUGGUCAAGUCAAUUGCACGAUUGACUUUUGACAGACGGAGAAAAUCAAUUUAUUUUCCUGGACCGGGUAGAUUGCUCUUUCCAUUCGGCUACGCUGUCCAUCAAGCAGCUCUUGCUUUUUUGUUCCAAGUUACGGGCAGUGGCACAAUUACGGUGUUGCUAUCCUCUCUUGUUUGAGUCUUCCACCUGAAGCUUCAUCUACCGAACACCUACGACAUGUACUAGCCCGUCAUAACGGAACGAACCUCCUUGAAUCCCCCCGGAGUAUCCUUAUCACUACUUCAAGAUGGUUGUAGUCGACCACCACGAAUACCUCUGUGAGGAAGAGAAGCGGCUGAAAGAAGACCGCGAACGCACAAAAUACUGGAAGAAAUGGGGCCCUUAUGUAUCUGAACGGCAGUGGGCAACCGUCCGCGAGGACUACUCCGACAACGGGGAUGCAUGGAGCCAUUUCUCGCACGACCAAGCCAGGUCCAGGGCCUACCGUUGGGGCGAAGACGGGAUUGCAGGUGUGAGCGACAGCCACGGCCUGCAGAACGUGGCAUUUGCUUUCUGGAACGAAAAGGAUGACUUCCUGAAGGAAAGACUCUUUGGUCUCAGCAAUCCCCAGGGCAAUCAUGGCGAGAGUAUCAAGGAGGCGCACUUUCACCUCGAUAACACGCCAACACAUUCGUACAUGAAAUAUCUCUACAAGCUUCCCCAACGACGUUUCCCGUACGAGCAAUUGAUCGAGGAGAAUGCCAAACGAGGCAAACAAGAACGAGAAUUCAAUAUCAUUGACUCCGACGCCUUUAAGGACGAUCGGUACUUUGACAUCUUUAUCGAGACGGCGAAGGAGGCGGACGACCCAGAAGAAUUGUUGUUUCGUGUGACUGCCUACAACCGGGGUCCAGAGCCAGCGCCCCUGCAUAUCAUCCCACACAUGUGGUUCCGCAAUACCUGGACCUGGGGUCAUCAACCGGACAAGCUCAAACCCAACAUUCGCAUGGUCGGGCCCAUGACUGCGCAGUCGAAACACUAUAAACUCGGCACACGCUUCUUCCAGCUGUCGCCUUCCCCAGGUUGCGGUCCGGACGCCGAGGAUGUGCUCCCUCAACUCAUGUUUACCGAAAACGAUACCAACACGGAAAAGCUUUAUGGUGCCAAAAACAAGCAACCAUACGUCAAGGAUGCUUUCCAUCGAUGGAUCGUGGAUGAAGAGAAAGGGGCCAUUAAUCCUCGCUGCUCAGGAACCAAAUGCGCUGCUUGGUACGACUUUGGUCAGGGUGAUGGCGUGCCUCCGGGUGAAUGCGCCGUGGUCCGAUUCCGUCUCUCCCGCAAAUACGACGGUUAUCUCAACGAGGAGCUGCUGGACGAUAUCAUCGAGCAGAGGCGGCAGGAAGCCGACGAGUUUUACUAUCGCAUCAGCCCUCUUCCCAUGGCUGAUGAUCUGAGGAACAUUCAAAGGCAAGCUUUCGCUGGCAUGUUGUGGUGCAAGCAACAUUACUACUUCAUCUGGGAUCAAUGGGCUAACGGCGAUCCUAACAUGCCGCCUCCUCCGCCCAACCGCAAGAAUGUCCGCAAUAUCCACUGGAAACAUAUGUACUUGGACGAUAUCCUCUCAAUGCCGGACUCUUGGGAGUACCCGUUCUUCGCAGCUUGGGACUCGGCGUUCCAUUGCAUUCCUCUUGCCAUGAUCGACCCGGAGUUCGCAAAGAAACAGCUCGAUUUGUUCACUCGAGAGUGGUACAUGCAUCCCAACGGACAACUUCCUGCAUACGAAUGGAACUUUGGCGAUGUCAAUCCCCCCGUUCAUGCAUGGUCCGUUUUUCGAACGUUCAAGAUCGAGCGGAAGAUGUAUGGGCGACAGGAUCUGGACUUCCUCGAAAGAGUCUUCCAAAAGCUGCUGCUCAACUUCACGUGGUGGGUUAAUCGAAAGGACAACGAAGGGAAAAACGUUUUCGAGGGUGGUUUCCUCGGCUUGGACAAUAUCGGUUUGUUCAACCGAUCCGAGCCAUUGCCCACGGGCGGCGUCCUCGAGCAGGCAGACAGCACUGGGUGGAUGGCUUUUUAUUGUCUCUGCAUGCUCAACAUUUCUCUCGAACUGGCCAAGCAUCGGAGAAUAUACGAGGACAUUGCAUCCAAGUUCUUCGAACACUUUAUCUUGAUUUCGGACGCCAUGACCUACCGUGAGGGUGGCAAAGAGAAGAGUUUGUGGAAUGACGAGGACGGAUUCUACUACGACGCCAUCUCAUGGGGUGGCCCAUGGUCUCAGCAAUUGCCCGUCCGAUCCCUCGUUGGUCUCAUCCCUCUGUACGCGGUCCUCACAUUGGAACCCGAGCUGAUCAACAAAUUCCCCAACUUCAAGCGGAGAAUGGAUUGGUUUAUUGAGAACAGGCACGACGUUGCAGAACGCAACAUUGCUUCCAUGCGCAAGCGUGGGAAGGAUGAGCGCCUGCUUUUGUCCUUGGUCAGCAAGGAGAGACUGGAGAAGAUCCUGAAGAGAAUGCUCGACGAGACCGAGUUCUUGUCCGAGCACGGAAUUCGCAGUUUGUCAAAGUACCAUGAAGACCAUCCGUAUAGCAUGGACGUAAACGGACAGCACUUCAAGGUCGGCUACGUCCCAGGAGACUCCGACUCUGGGUUGUUCGGUGGCAAUUCCAACUGGCGAGGCCCUAUCUGGAUUGCGGUGAACUUUCUACUUGUCGAGUCCCUCCUGCGGUUCUAUAUGUUUUAUGGCACCAGCUUCCAGAUCGAAUGUCCUACUGGAUCGGGUGAAUACAUGCAUUUGGGGCAUGUGGCAGAGGAAAUCCAACAUCGCUUGCAGCAUUUGAUGGCUCGAGACCAAGAUGGUCGCCGCGCUAUCAACGCCGGCAAUGAUACCUUGGACUUUGACCCUCACUGGAAGGACUACUUGUGGUUCUUUGAGUUCUUCGACGGUGACACUGGAAGGGGCCUGGGUGCGUCGCACCAGUGCGGCUGGACCGGCCUGAUGGCCAAGAUGAUCCAUGAUACUGGCAUCAACUGUCGUCUACCUCAGACACCACGAACGCCGUCCACCGCCGCGGCUCACUAUUUCGACGAUAUCCUCAGUCGUGGUAUGACGAGGAAGAACACCUAUGUUGGUACUCCCGGUCCCGAUAGCCACAGGUCUCCACGCAUGCGGCGCUCGUCGACCUCACGCUCGAUUGGCAACCGUAGCAGCUUUGUUUCGAGCGUCAACGGCGACGCCAAGUCCGCUGCUGGUGAUAGUGACGCUGGAGAAAAUGGCGAGAGGUCAUACUUUUCCCGCGAGCGGACCCAGUCGGCAGUUUCCGAGUCUAGCGCAUUCGGGCAGGAAGACGUUCUCGAAAAGGAACGUAGAAAGAGCAUUGCCGACAGUCAUUAUGACAAGUAUAUCAGUGAACAGCUCAGUCGGAUCAAGACGGACGAGAGUGCGGCGGUGUAUGAGGACGAGUUUGAGGCUCAACUAGACUAGCCUCUCCGCAGUGAUGGUGCACACUAAUAGGUGGUCCGGGGUGUAUCGACAGGAGGAGGGUAUGUCCUAGAUGGAAAAAGGCUACAUUAUCAUUAGAGGGGUGCCCGAGGAUCGAGCACUAAUAAAGGCAGUAGGAUAGAAUAUAUUAUGUUAGAAGACGCACGAUUUGAGUCUUCCGUCAUUACACAAUGGGGUCCUCAGGAUUAAGAGCGAGGGUCGUCACGAGACUAUAAGCCAUCCAUCCCCUAGCUGCAUGA